GGGAGAUGAGGCUAUUUUUGUUCAAAGCUGAUACUUCUGCCUGAGCCACAAGUACUGCUUGGAAAGGGCUCAGGUUGUUUCCAGGGGGAGAACUCUGCGGAGAAGAGACAAAGUUCAACAGAACAACAAAGAAGCAGCAGAAACAGCCAGGAAAACGGAGAGCCCUCACGUUUCAGCACAGAAACCCCUAUCAGAGUUCUCGAAUUCUAAAGUAUUCUGCCAAGUGCCAUUUAACUGGAAAUUUUCACCUGACUUUUACUUUCGACGACCACUAUGACUGAGAUCACCUCUGAAGGAAAUGCAUCAACAACUACAACUGUGAUAGACAGCAAAAAUGGAUCAGUGCCCAGAUCCCCUGGAAAAGUGCUGAAGAGGACAGUCACAGAAGACAUAGUGACGACAUUCAGCUCCCCGGCAGCCUGGCUCCUGGUCAUUGCUCUCAUAAUCACGUGGUCAGCUGUUGCAGUUGUUAUGUUUGAUUUAGUGGAUUACAAAAAUUUUUCAGCAAGCUCUCUUUCCAAGAUUGGCUCAGAUCCUAUAAAACUCGUACACGAUGCUGUGGAGGAAACCACAGACCGGAUCUAUGGCUUCUUUGCUUUGUUGUCUGACAUCAUCUCAUCUGAGGAUGAAGAAGAUGAUGCUGAUGAUGGAGACGAGGACACUGGUAAAGGGGAAAUAGAGGAGCCUCCCUUGAAAAAAAAAGAAAUACACAAAGAAAAGGCUGAAAAGCAGGAGAAACUUGAAAAGAAAAUACCAAUUAAAGUUACACACAGAGAAAAAGAAAAGCCCAAAGGAAAAGAAAAAGAAAAGGGAAAAGAAAAAGAAAAACCUGAAAAGAAAGCAACUCACAAGGAAAAAAUUGAGAAAAAAGAAAAACCAGAAGCAAAGACAGUUGCAAAAGAAGAGAAGAAAGCUAAAACUAAGGAAAAGACUGAAGAAAAGACUAAAAAGGAAGUGAAAGGCGGAAAACAGGAGAAAGUGAAGCAAACAGCUGCAAAAGUAAAAGAAGUGCAAAAAACACCACCUAAACCCAAAGACAAAGACAAGGUCGACAAAGAGACUGCGGUGGUGUCAAAACAUGAACAGAAAGGUAAACACUCAGAGGAGGAGGCUGCCAGAGGUUCUAAGAGGAUAUUGGGCAAGACACAGACACAGUGAAAUAAAAAGCUGGCAAAGACCAAAGCCAGACUUCAAAAGGGGUAACAAACUUAUAUAAGUAAAUAUACCCAGAUGGAAAUAUAAUAAAUUGAGUAUUAAAAUUUAUUAGUAGAAAUACUAAUAUGUGUUCACAUACCUAAAAAUGCAUUUUGAAGUAUUUUUAAAAGAGGGCUUGACUUAGCAUCUGGAAUUAUUUAAGGGUUGGGAUAAUUGUAGAAUUUUUGAGAUAUGAGAUUUCUUUGAAGAGGCGCAAUAAAAAUUGUGUGUGUUCUACUCUUUUGGAGAACAGCAGUCCAGGUAAAAUGACAAUUUCAAAGAGCUUUUUAAGUACUGUGUGUUCAGGUCACAUGGCAUAAAUAUCACAGCAACUAUCCAUACAUUCCUAUUGCCUCUGCAAGAACACAUCAUUGAGAAAAUACCUAGACUGUUUAAGCUCAUUUAAUAGACAAAAUGUUAUAGGGAAAAGGACUC